GCAACAGAAGAGGCUCGGGAAGAAAGGGCGGCGGGGAAGCGAGCUCUUACUGAGGAUGAAGCGUGUCGUUUGGACAAGCGGAUUCGCAGAAAAUUGUCAGUUGUGUCGACUUCAAAAGCUCAACAGGGAGCUAAAUUGAUGCAGGACGCUUUCAAGUCCGCCUCUGUGGUUCAUCUUGAAGAGGAGGAAGAAGAGGAAUCGUCUGUUGCGGGUCUCUCUCAUCAGGUUGGACUCCAUUCGAUUGGCCUAGCCUUAGCAGGUGCAGCCUCCUCUUAUCAUCCUCCAGAAGAAGAAGGCGAGGAUGAAUCGACUGUUGGAGAUGCAGAGUCCAUUCCAGUGAUGGAACCUCCUGUUAUGAUGGCCUCGGGUCAGACUUCAAGUGUUGUUCCUCCAAUCAUAGAGGCGAUGCAAGAGGAAGUCAUGCCCAAAGCUGCUCAAGCUGAAGCAGCUGAGCCCGCUGCAGGUGAGCCUAAGGUGGCUGGGCUGGACGAGCUUGAAGGAAAUCAAUCUCCUUCUUCUGCACUGAUGCCGACGACGGGAGCUGUAAGGCCUAGUCCGACAACAGGAUUAGUUCCCAAGUCAAUUAUUGUCGUAAGCUCGCCACAAUCUUCUGCGACAAAAGAUGAUGAUAACUUAUUAUGGGGGACCUUUUCGGAUGACGACGCUGGUGUUGAUGAACCACUGGCGGUCGCUUCCGUCAAAGAGUCUGUUCACACCGCUAUCCCUUCCACAGGUAAUUGUUGUUCAUUUUAAAGUUUGAUAAAUUCUCUUUUGUGUGCUAACGACUUUCAUAUACAGGAUCCCCGGCACCGGCAAUUGAAGAGCUUAGAGCAGAAACUCCCCCGCUAGAGCAACAAACUCCUUUGACGCUUUCUCUUGGGCAAGCGCAGGAUGUAGGCACUUCCAGCUUAGCUCCAUCAAGAUCGCUUGCGACUCUUGCACCGAGCUUCGCAACUUCGAGUGCCUUAAUGUCAUCUCCCGCUGUUUCUCUAAGCCCGGUGGAUGUUCUUAACUUGCUCCGAAUUUUCAUUGGGCAGUUAGAGAAUCUGAUGGAGCAGAUCGUCGAGAAUGUCAGUGUUGGUCGGGGCACUUUUGAGUUUUUCAGGCCCUCAUUAACAAAUUAUAUUGAACAUUGUUCAGAGAGCAUCUCUCGCUUAGAAGAGGACCUGAGAGCACUGCAAGACCUUGAGCGUGUCGAUCUUGAGGCUCAGACUGAAUUGACUUUUGCCGACGUUCAAGCCGAAGCAGCACGUCGACGAGAAGUCGUUCAGAAGAGUUUGGCUGAGAAGGAGGUCCGAAUUGCAUCUUUACAGGGGCAACGUGAUCAAAUACAAGCUGAGUUGAUUGAUUCUGCCAUCGCCAUGCGCACCACUCAAGAAGCGAUCGCUCAACUACAAGUGGAGUUGGCUCAGAAGGAAGCUCAGCUUGCUCAGGAGGAAGCUAAUGUGAAAGGACUCCACUUUAGGAGUGCAGAAAUUUUAACAAAUUAUUGCAAGGAGGUGCAAACUCUUGAGGAAAUCAAGAAGGAGGCUGCUGCUGCGGUGUUGAGUGAAGGUGAACUCAGAAGGAGAACUGCAGCGACGGUACGAGCUACUCACGAGAAGCAACUCUCAGACGUCAAGUCCCGGCUCGCAUCUAUCAAUUUGAUGGGCCCGCAAACUUAAUCAUGUAUCGUUCUUUUGACAAGAACAAAACAACGAUUUUGUAUCACUUCUUAGCAUUUUGAGUAAAAAGUGAUGAUAUUUUGGUUUUCCUUUGUCUUUUUUCUAUCUUGUUUUAACUCGAGACAACGAAAAUGGUUGAAAAUGCCAGGGGUGUAGUGUUAACUUGGCGUGAAUUUUCAUCUAGAAUAAAAUUCAAAAAAAUUUCUUUAUUAUCACCAGGAUAAUUCUAGAAAAAUUUUCGUAGUUUUAAUGAAUACUUGUUAUUCCGUUGAAAAAGAAUUAACAAGUUUAUGGGGUUUGAGUUUUAGAGGUGUAAUGUUAACUUAACAAUCAUUUGUGGACCUAUGAGGAUUAAUAAUUUGAUUUUAUCGUCAGAGGUGUAAUGUUAACUUGGCGAUAAUUUAUGGACUUAUCACCCUAUUGAGGAGAGUUGAUAAGUUGAUUUUAUCAUCAAAGGUGUAAUGUUAACAUGAUGAGAUUUGUGGACUUAUCACUCUAUUAAGAAUGGUUGAUAGGUAGAUUUUGUCAUCGGAGAUGUAAUGUUAACAUAAUGAGAUUUGUGGACUUAUCAUCCUAUUAAGGAGGGUUGAUAAGUUGAUUCUGUCAUCAGAGGUGUAAUGUUAACUAACGAUAAUUUAUAGACUUAUCACUCUAUUGUGGAGGGUUAAUAAGUUGAUUAUGUCAUCAGAAAUGUAAUGUUAACAUGAUGAGAUUUGUAGUCUUAUCACCCUACCGAGGAGGGUUGAUAAGUUAAUUCUAUCACCAGAGGUGUAAUGUUAACAUGAUGAGAUUUUUAAGGACUUAUCGUUCUAUUAAAGAGAAUCAAUAUGUUAAUUUUAUCAUCAGAGGUGUAAUGCUAACUUGACGAUAAUUUGUGAACUUAUCACCCUAUUGAGGAGGGUUGAUAAGUUGAUUUUGUCAUCAGAUGUGUAAUGUUAACAUGAUGAGAAGAUAUUUGACAGAGUUAUAAUGUUAAUGCUCUGAAGCACGGAUUCGCCCCCGGAGGCCACAAAUCCGUGUCCGACUCGAAUCGGACACGGAUUCGUCACGACACUUGCACGACAUGUGUCGGACACGGUCAAUCCGUGUCCGAUACGGGACAAUGGUCAAAUUAGGCUCGGAUACAGUCAAAGGAGCUUGGACACGAUUCGGAUUCGCCGAAGGCCGAUUCAUUUGGGUUGCGGGUUUGGUUGUUAAAAUCCAACCCGAACCGUCCGAUUAAAAAACUCAUCCCUAUUUCUCAAAUCUCCCAUUCGAUUCGAUCCUCAACUGACUCAAACGAAAGAAAAAAAGAAAAAACCCUAUGAAGAAGGCAAUGAAGAAGUCAUCGAACUAGCUUCCACUUCAUCUUGAGGGGAUUCAAAGCUCUAAAGCAAACUGAAGCUUUACUAUCGACUGGGGAAGUAUAAAGAGAUGAUGGAAGCCUACAAGGAGAUGCUA